ACUAUAAGGUCGACAAUUGAACGAAUUGUUUACAUCUCGUCCAUCUUUUUAUUGAAAGUACAUAGGCUCGUCUAACCAGUCUCAUACUUGCUGUGACUUUUAUUAGUUGUGGACCUGUGGAAAAUUCUUGAAAUAAAAUGGGUUCUUUCACAAUAGCUUUGUCUGUUUUUGCGGUUCUGUUGGCCAUUGGCUACUCAGAAGCAAGUGGCAGCUGUCCUCUCCCAUCAAAAGUGUACAGCUGCAGCCCAAAGUGCAAGGAUAACUAUGAGUGCAGUAACGGCAAGCUGUGCUGUAGGAACGGCUGCAAUGAGAAGUCCUGCGCCGAGCCCGUUGGCGGCUCGCAGGGGACUGGCGGCAACAAGUAUGGAGCGGGCACGAACAGCGGCAUCUACUGUAACAACCAAAAGUGCAGCCCGCAGGAGGUCUGUAAGAUGGACCCGUCCACGAAACGCAUGAGAUGCGUGCGUUCUUAAAUAUACAUUUUAAAGAUACUUAGGCUAUUUUACUAUAGAUAAAAUUGAAUAGUUUUUCAGCAGUUAUGGUAUUUCCACGGUAUUACAAGGUCAAUCUUUUUGGGCUUUCAAUGAUUUAUAUCGACAUUUUACACGAUACAGGACUUACGCUAGGACGGCCCGGGUGCAGGGCGAGGCAAUCGACGCUUCGUUUUAUAUAACAGGCGACCGAUGAUCACGUGCAUUUUAUAGAAAUAAAGUGUCGGAUGCCUCGGUCCAGACCCGGGAGGCUGUCAAUACCUAAAGCGCGCACACUGUCUACUUGUAUCGGAGUAAAUGAGAUAGCACUGUCGCAUGUUACUGGGCCUGGGCAAGGGAAUAGUAAGAAAAAUAUUUAAAUAAAAAAAAGUGGAUUAUUAGUGUAAUAUUUUACUCAACAGCGGUUUAGAUAUAAAUGUUUUGUAAUUGUGAUUUUAAUUGGAGACCCAUAAGUCAAAACAAUAAAGACAUAGAACCGUUUAAUUGUGAUUUUAAGACCAAUCUUUGCAAUUAUUUUCUAUCGAGCCGAUUUCGUUCAAUCAUGUAUCGAGUACAACCAUGGUCUUUGAAAUAUAAUUAAUAUGAACAUAUAUUUUUCUUACUUGACUAAAACAAAUAGUCUUUCUUAAAAAACUGUUUAAGUAACAUCAAUUUCAAGGACAUUGGGUGUUGACAGCCUCUUAAGUUUCACUAUAACUCCAAUUUUUUUUCUUUGGUUACUUACAUAAUAGAUAAUACUAGCUUACUUACUUACUUUUUUAUUUUAUUUUGUUGACAUUUGGUACAGAACUGCUGAUUUUCCUUUUUAGUAAAAUAGCCUAGUGUUCAUUCUCAUUUUAUGUGUUGUAAGUCUCAAAUGGUUAAUUUACUUUGAUUUUUGUAACUUUAAUAAGUAAUAAACUUGUUUUUUUUAUCC